CUUGAUUCUUCGUGAAUUCCCGUCUUUUUCAUCGCCCUUCGUUUCUUUCUUGCCUUGUUUUACACUGCGUACACUGUAGCUAUAAGAAUUCUAACUUCAAAUGGAGUUGCUCCAUCAAAUGAAACUACUUUAGCUACCCUUCAGUCCAAACAUCCCUCUGUCCCCCACCUACUUUUUCCACUGAACUUCAUGAUGUGCAACCUCUUGUUGCAGACUCUGAUAUGGUUUUCAGCAAAUUAUGUAGUUUCCCCAAAAGGACUAGUUGUGGUAGAGAUGGGCUCCAUGCUCAACACAUGCUUGAUGCACUUACAGGGCCUGCUGCAGCUAUUGCUAAUGAGGUUAUUCAAUCUAUUACUGCUAUUGUCAAUCUUUUGUUGUCAGGUAGUUGUCCAUCACAACUUGGAGAAUACAUUGCUAGUGCACCUUUGACUCCUUUGCUCAAACCAGACGGUGGGGUUAGACCUAUUGCAGUUGGCACAAUAUGGAGGAGGCUAGUUUCUAAAGUUGCAGCUUCUAUGGUUAACAAGGAAAUGGCUUCUUAUUUGGGCUGCACAAAGGUGUUUUUCCAGUCAAUAUUAGCAAUCCUGAUGCUGGUGUUAAGUUACUGGGUGCUCCUGUUAGUAAGAAUCCUGUUUUUUGCGAGAAGAUGGUCCUUAGUAGAACCCAUAAAGCCCUGAAUCUUAUGAAAGCUGUAAGUUCCAUUAAAGACCCACAAUGUGAAUUGCUCCUUUUAAGAAAUUGUGUUGGUGUCUCUAAACUAUAUUUCACUAUGAGAACCACUUGUCCUGAGCAUAUUCUGCAGGCCUAAUCUAUUUUUGAUGAACAGCUCUACAAGUAUUUGCAUAAUCUGAUUCUAGGUGAAGGUGCUGGUUUUGGUCCUCUACAAUACAGAUUGUCCACCUUGCCUAUUCAUGAUGGAG